AUGUCCGGUGACAUACCUCUCCACCAAUUGCAGCCAAACAUGAAUUCGUUUUCGGUUACUGUAAUUGUUCUAGAUCCAGGGAUUCAUCGCAGAACACAGACGGGAACAAUUAUUUCAAUGAAAGUGGCUGACGCAUCGGGAUCUAUCAAUGCAUCAAUAAUGAAUCCUGAAUUCAAUGAAACUUUCAAGCCGGGAGACAUUUUGAAGUUCCGUGGAGCAUAUACAUCAAUUUAUCAGGGAGGCUUGACUCUUUCCGUUGGAAAAUCUGGAGAAUGCAAGAAGGUCGGUGAAUUUAUGAUGGUAUUCUCCGAAACACCAGAUAUCAGUAUGAUGCCUCUGCCAGCUGGAGUUAUGGAUAGAAGGAAUGAACGAAUGCAAUCACCAGCUGGAAGAUAUUCGAGGCCAAGCAAUUGAUAAUUUAAUGUGAAGGACUUUAUUUUAAUAUUCUACUCAAAUCAUAUUUUAUUUUAUUUAUUCUGAAAUACAAACAACUCCAGCACU